AUGAUGCAAGGUAUUAAAAAUUUGAUAUCAUCUUCAAGCAGUAGUUCAAGCUCCUCACCUCCUCCAGCAGGAAUGCACCAAGCAGAGCAAAACAUUAGCGACCUUCAUUCCACUUACAAUGCCAAUGUUCAAUCUGUACAAAGUGGAUCACGACCUGGUCAUAGUAGUAGUGGCAGCAGUGCACCUUUUGAUCACCAUGCUGUUGAAGUUACCGCUAACGGCAGAACCUUCCAAGUAGAGAAAGGCCCUGGUUAUGGAACAGAAGGUGGUGAUACCAUUGUAAAAUCGUCCAAUAUGCAAAAUCCAAACUCUGGAUGGAAAAUGGAGGGUGAAAAGCAAUCAGUUCAGGGAGCAAAUGUUGGAGAUUUUGUUAAGGCAGGAGGAACUGACUAUAAACUUCCAGGAGAUACCUGUAUUCAAGCUAAGGAUAGAAUGAUGAAUGUUGGUAAAGAAGAUACAACUAGUAGUGACGCCAAGUAA